UACAGAACGUUACUUCCGAGCCCCAGCAAAUGUCAUUCGGAUCGAACUGGGCCUCGGAAAGUAACGUUUUGUGUGUUCUGCUUCGUAGACCUGAACGUUUCAGAUACAGAACCUGUUUACAUAAUUUUCAAAACCCGACUCACCAACUUGCUUUUUGGGAUGACUCUUCACGCACACAAUCUCCCUUCGCAGCCGAAAACUCCAGAGCAAGAGGAAGUUUUCCGAAACUUAUGGUCGAUACGACCUUGCUUCUUCUAUAGUGAAGAGUACGAUGAUUGUACCAGUAUCAAAGCCCGCUUCAACCAGUAUUUUAUCCACGGCGAGAGUAUCGAUUGUACCCAAUGGAAACGGGACUUUGACAAUUGUGUACGAUUCGAACGAAAUCAACAGGACACUAAAAGCGCCCUUCAGUUGAUUGAAAGUGAACGAGAACGGCGAAUGAACAGGUUAGGAGCUCACUACCGAAACGACGUGUGGAAAAAGCGUGAGCAGGCACCGAAAGAUUGGUCCAAACCAUUACCGGAAAAAAUGCAAAAGGAAUACGAGCAAUCCUAUCUAGCACUGAAAGCGCAGGAGAUACAAGGAGGAAAACAUACUUCGACGAGUGAUCAAAGGACAAUGUGCGUAGUAAUGUAGUAUUUAUUAGUUUUGUUACAGUUAGAUAUUAAAAAUGAAACAAAUUACUCGUCACUUUCAUCGCCACCGCCACCCUCGUCAGCAGACUUUCCUUUUGCUGUGCUUUUUUCGCUGCCAGAUCCAGCCUCUGAACCAGAAGCAGAUCCUGGCUCCGAACCUGAACCGGAACCAGAGCCUGAAUGCUCAGAACCAUCAUCGUCACUAUCAUCAGAAUUUUCUAGUGCCUUAAGAACUCUUUUUUUGUUUGGGUUCUUUUUCUUUCUGCCCAUCUCCAUAUCGGAGCCAUCUUCAUCCGACGAAUAAAUAGCCGCGCCUUGCUUCGGCUUCGAGCGAU